AAGCAGCAGCAGCAACAGCUGCAGCUGCUGCGCUGCCAUCUGAAAAGCUGCCGCAAGUGAUGCUGCAGCAGCGGCAGCAGGCGAAGCAGCCACAAGAACAGCAGCAGCAGCAGCAGAAGCAACCCGUCCCUAAUCUUGGGGGCAUGCGUCCAGCAGCAGCAGCAACAGCAGCAGCAAGUGAAAAACAUACAGAAACUGCUGCAGAUGAUUGGAUUCUUGCUGCUGAGACACCCAAAGCGGGCCAGGGUAUACUUGCCUGUAGAGAGCAGCUGAAUUGCUACGAACCUCUUGCUGCUGCUGCUGCUGCAGCAGCAGCAGCGGCAGCAGCUCAAGGAGCAGCGGCCGUGCAGCCUCUUGUUGCUGCUGCUGCAGCAGCAGCAGCAGCAGAAGCAGCAGCUGCAGCAGGUCUAGGCACCGCAGAGGAAACGGCAGAGAAAGCAGCACAUCUGGCGCGAACUGCUGCUGCUGCUGCAGCAGCAGCGGCAGCAGCUCAAGGAGCAGCGGCUGUGCAGCCUCUUGUUGCUGCUGCAGCAGCAGCAGCAGCAGCAGAAGCAGCAGCUGCAGCAGGUCUAGGCACCGCAGAGGAAACAGCAGAAAAAGCAGCACAUCUGGCGCGAACUGCUGCUGGGGUUGCUGCUGCAGCAACAGAGGCAGCAGAUAUACGGGACCCAGAAGCAGCAGCAUCAGCAGCAGCAGCAGCAGCUGCUGCUGCUGCUGCUGCUGCAGACCCUGCCUGCAGCGAUGCUGAGGGGGACGAACAACUUCUGCCCUUCUUCACCAGGCAGCAGCAGCCACGCCCUGAGACCCUGCCUGCAGCGACGCUGAGGGGGACGAACAACUUCUGCCCUUCUUCACCAGGCAGCAGCAGCCGCGCUCUGAGAUCGCUUCUUCUUCUUCAGCAGCAGCAGCAGCAGCAGCAGCAGCAACAGCGGUGGCACCCGGGGCAGCGGGAGUCGGGAGCCGCACGGGUUUGGCUGAAAGCUCUGCUGCAUGCAGAAGCAGCAGCAGCGGCAACAACAGCAGCUGCAACGACUGCAGCAACUGCAGCAGCGGCGUAG